AUGAGUUUCAAAGGGUUUACCAAAUCGUUAGGUCGGGCGCCGCAACAGUUCAAGUCCAAGUUCAACAUAGGCGAACACACCAAAGACCCCGUCUACAUUGAUGCCGAACGUCGCUUCCAAGAGCUCGAAACCGAGACCAAAAAGCUUCACAAUGAGUCCAAGAGGUAUUUCGAUGCCAUUAACGCCAUGCUCAACCACCAGAUCGCAUUCUCCAAAGCCAUGACGGAAAUAUACCGCCCUAUUAGUGGGCGCAUGUCGGACCCCUCCACUAUGGAGAUUGAGGGCAGGCCCGAGGGCAUCCGAGCCUGUGAGGAGUACGAGGCAAUCGUGAAGGACCUGCAAGAAACACUGGCUCCAGAACUUGAGAUGAUUGAGAGCAGGGUAAUCAGGCCGGCCAACGAGCUUCUAGAUGUCAUCAAGGUCAUUCGCAAGGCCGUUGUCAAGCGCGAACACAAGCAGCUUGAUUACGACCGCCACCGCGCCGCCUUAAAGAAAUUGCAAGACAAAAAGGAGAAAACAAUGAAGGAUGAGAAGAACAUCUACAAGGCCGAGGCCGAGCUUGAACAGUCUACACAGGACUUCAACUACUUCAACGAUCUGCUCAAGGAUGAGCUUCCAAAGCUCUUUGCGCUCGAGCGCGAAUUCAUACAGCCCCUCUUCCAGUCUUUCUACUACAUGCAACUCAACAUCUUCUACACGUUACACGAAAAGAUGCAACACUGCGACAUUGGCUACUUUGACCUCACCAGGGAUAUUGAAGAAGCUUUCCACGAAAAACGCGGCGACAUCCAAGAGCAGGUCGAGAAGCUCACUAUUGUCAAGUUUAAGACCACCGGCCGGCCGCGCCCACCCCGAUAUCAACCGAAGCCGGCCCUGGAGGCGCCCAAGACCCAAGGUCUCCUUACAGCCGGGCCUUCAUCCAGCUCCACAGCAGCACCUUCGCCUUCGUUAGCACCAACCCCCAAGUACGGGGCUGUACACUCGCCAGCGCAACCUGCAGCCGCAGAGAACCCACCACCGCCCUAUUCCCCGGGGGUCAAGUCACCGCCGCUGAAAAGCCCCGCGGUUCAGAGCACAGCGUUUGCUCAGCACAGCCCGGCAAUGUUGAGCCCGGGGGCUUCUUCGCUCGCGGCGGCGGCCGCCGCAAAACCCAAGCCCCCGCCCCCGAAACCGAAGCCCAGCAGGCUUAGUGCAGCACCGGCUGCGGAGACCGUCACGGCCCUGUACGAAUACGCGGCCACGCAGGAGGGUGAUUUGAGCUUUAGCGCAGGCGAUGUAAUUGAGAUUGUCAGUCGGACGCAAAAUGCAAACGAAUGGUGGACUGGAAGGCUGAAUGGCAAAGUUGGGCAGUUUCCUGGUAACUAUGUCCAAUUGCAAUCAUAG